AAACACUUUUAACAGCAAAAAGAAGAUGGGUGAUAGUCCUGCAGCGUCAACAUCUCUAUACUUCAGACCACAAAAAUCAACAGAAAAUUUUGCCCGUCUGUGUCAAUUAAUAAUGAAAGUUUGCAGUGAUUUAUUUCGGGACAUUUUAAGUCGCUAUAUUAAACCUGCUGAGCUCAGGUCAGAGCUGGAUAAAAAUAAAAGUAAACUUAAGAAAGUCAUAAAUCGUCAGCAAAAUGAACUGAUCUAUCCGGUCGCAGGUAAAAUACCAAUUUCUCCAAAAGACUUGGAUAUUUCUUUACUCUAUAUAAUUUUACGGAAUAUUUGCAAAAUACCUGAACAUAAGAACGGGUGGGGAAAAAAGCCAAUAAAAGGCGACAACAGCAUUUCAGCUUGUAUAGAACGGAUUAGAUUCCAAAGAAAUUUGAUUUCGGCCCAUUCAACAAACGGUGAAGUGGAUGAUACAACCUUUCAAAACCAUUGGAAUAAAUUGAGCGACGCAGUACUUGAAGUUGAGAAACAAUUAAUUGGCGGAGAAUCCUAUGAGCGGACAGUUAAAAGUUUGCUUACAUGCGAUCUUGCCGCUUUUAGAACAGAUUUGAUCCAAGAUGAAUUAAAAAGAUUACAUGAGAGAAUGGACGAAUGGGAAAGAACAUUCAGAGGAGAGCGGGGAAAUGAAAAACGACCAAAACAAUUGGAAGAUGAACAAAGUAGGAUCAAAACUCAACCAAAAGAUAACUUACAAAAUGUAAGUACUGAGAAAGACCGAAAUGAUGACCUUCAUGAAGACGUCGACGAUGAUGGAUAUUAUUGCAAUGCGAAUGACAAUUAUGAAUUCUACGAUGAUGACGACUGUGAUGAUGAUGAUGAUGAUGAUGAUGAUGGUGAAUAUAAAGGUUUUGUUGACGAUUACGUUUAUGGUGACGAUAAUAGAGAUGUCAAUGGGGAUGACAAUUAUGAAGACACGAGUGAUGAAGGCGAUGCAAAUGACUUCAUAAAUAAUGACGAUGGUAACUACCCUUAUUAUUACAAUGAUGAAGACAAUAGAGAUAAGAACAUCGAAGACAAAUUUGAUGAUUCUGAAGAUGAAAAUGAAGUUGAUGACUUUGAUUAUAUUGAUGAAACUCCUUAUAACUAUGAUUGCUUCGACAGUUAAAACACUCAAUUUGAAUGGCUGCAAGUGACUAUUUGUUUAUAAACAUAACUGUUAGAAUGCUUAUUCUUUAUUGUACCAACAAUACUUUCCUCUAUUUCUCUAUAAAUAUGUGUUUUUAGAAGAUAAAAUGAGCAAUAUUAGAAAUUAUGGCAAAAUGUAAGAGGUUUUGCGAAGUAAACUUUGCUUUGUAAACAUCAAUUUUAAUGCUCCAUGUUAUAAGGUUUUUAGUUAAAGGGUUUUCAAGAAAAAGUCAAGACAGCAUACAUGUAUUUGUAAGGUCUUUCGCUUCCAACGGAAGACCUUGACUGAUUCUGAUGGAAUGUUUUCAUUAUUGUUAUUAUUCUUCUAGACAUUUUUCAGAUUGUGAUAUCUCGCUUAGUUAUUGGGAGUUGAUUUAAAUCAACUCUCCUAUGCAGUUACUCAGACAAACCGAAAGUGAAACAGUGUUUGGACCUCAGCACAAAUCAUUGCUGCUGACAAGACUUAGUUCUUGAAAAUAAUUGAUGAAUUCUAUGUAAUGUAUGCUAAAGCAUUGUUUUUCAAGGAAACUUAUUUAUAAAUACCUUGAAAAUAGUCAGAUUUUAAAUGGUACGAACAAUUUAAAUAUUUUUUAUAGUCGUAUGUAUUCCUACGCCAGAGUUCAAUAUAGUCUCAUUCAACUCGACGCUCGGCUGUAAAUCCUUGUCGGAGAUUUACGGUGUCAGCGUUUGGUUGAAAGAGACUAGAGUUCAAUAUUUCUUGGAUCCAUACAAUUUUCGAGAAAUAUUUCUAUCACGGAUACAUAGUUUGAUUGAAUUAAUUUUAUCUUUAAAUAUUAUUUAACAUUAUUCA